AUGACCACCAUUCGCGCCGCCAGAUUGACCUUCCCCCGGGCCAAUGGCCUCGUUGAAGCUGCUACUCGCCGAUAUGUAGCUCAAGCAGCGUCCUCCUCUCCCGCCCUGCUCCUCUCGAGCAGGCCUCGACGAGCACCAUCAUCACCAGCAACGACGGCCCUAACCCCCUCCCGACCAUUCCGUACCUCCCCCUCCCUCCAAAAGAAACUCAAAGCCAAGAAGAUGGCCGAGCAAGAAGCCCACAACCCCAACUCGGUCACCCACCACGACGACCCGGCCGAAGACGCCAAACACCCCAAACCCAACCCCGCCGACCUCCUAGACCUCACCGACCUCACCACCCGCUGGUCCGCCCUGGACGCCCACUACCGCGACGCCCUCAAGAAGCUCUCCACGGGCGGCCGCUUCAACCCCGACGUCAUCGGCGCCCUCCCCGUGACCCCUGACCCCAAACACGACCCGGGUCAGCGCUACCCGCUCCGCGAGCUGGCCCAAGUCGUGCCGCGCCAGGGCCGCAUCGUCUCGCUCCUCGUGCACGACAAGGCCCACGUGAGACCCAUCGUCGACGCCGUCCAGGCCUCGCCCGACUUCAACCAGCAGCCGCAGCGCUCGCCCGACAACGACCUCGAGCUGACCCUCACCGUCGAGCCCGAGCGCCGCGAGGACCUCGCCGCCCGCGCUCACGCCCUCACCCACAUCUGGCGCGACCGCGUGCGCCAGGCCACCGAGAAGAGGAGGAAGGUCCACGCCAAGUGGCUCGUGCAGAAGGAGGUCGUGCCGGACUUGAAGCGCCGCGCGGAUGCCGAGGUGCUCAAGGUGCAGACCAAGGUUUUGGGGGGGAUUGAUACGUUGGAGAAGGAGACUUUGGCGAGGUUGAAGUAG